GUGGUCGUACUACGACGACCGCAUACGCUCUACCACUGCAAUGCAACAAUAGCACCAAUAGCAACUGUGUUUUGACACGUCUUACAGUUCCAAUACGUUGACAGUAAACUUGUGAUUUGAACACUUCAGUGUUGAGUAAUGUUUUGAAAGUUUUAAUGAUCCGUGAGAAUAUUGAAUGUUUCAGUUACGAUUGUUACAAUUUGUGCGAGGACGGUAAAGAGGUGUUGAGUGUAAAGAGAGAAAUGAAGACGGAGCACCGCACUUGUUGCGCGUGCGGGGAGCCCAUCUCGGACCGCUUCCUGUUGGAGGUGGGCGGUGGCGCGUGGCACACGGGCUGUCUGCGCUGCUGCGUGUGCGCCGUGCAGCUCGACCGACACCCCUCCUGCUUCCUGCGCGACCGCCAGGUCUACUGCAAGCAGGACUAUGCCAAGAGUUUUGGUGCUAAGUGCUCCAAGUGCUGCCGAGGCAUCUCCUCAUCAGACUGGGUCCGCAAGGCGCGGGAGCAGGUCUACCACCUCGCCUGCUUCGCCUGCGAUGCUUGCGGCAGGCAGCUAUCCACCGGAGAACAGUUCGCCUUGCACGAGGACAGGGUUCUUUGCAAGCCACAUUAUUUGGAAACCUUGGAUGGUGGAUCCAUUUCAUCUGAUGACGGCUGCGAUUCAGAAGGCUACCACAAAAGCAAGGCGAAACGUGUCCGCACCACGUUCACCGAGGAACAGCUCCAGGUUCUUCAAGCAAACUUCCAGCUGGACUCUAAUCCUGACGGACAGGACUUGGAGAGGAUUGCACAGGUCACCGGCCUGAGCAAGAGGGUCACACAAGUGUGGUUCCAGAACAGUCGAGCGCGCCAGAAGAAGCACCAACAUACGGGGAAAGGGAAGCAAAGCCAAGCAAUGUCACGUGACGCGGACUCGGUGGGGUUUGGCCGGCCUAUCAACCUCCACCUUACGUAUUCUUUCCAGAACAAACCACCUUUCGUCCCGAUAGAUGGCACUUCUUUCACGGACUCUUCAAUGGAUGAGCUGUCGGAAGACUCCUCGAUCCACUGCAUGCAGAGCGAAGUUUGAGAGAACCGUGCGGAUCAAACAUGUCAGAUUUCUUAGCUCCUGUAACCAAUUCUUCGAACAUCAAUAAAUUAAAACAAAAUAUAGGUAAUCAGAAUACUUAAUCGUCAGAAUAAUACCUUUUGAAUAAAGUUACCGUCAAUUUUUAUAUUUGUAAUUACAUUUAAAGAUACAUUUUUUAACUUUCGUUAUUUAAAUAUUGAGUAAAUCUUUUAUAGAACUCAGAGGGUCUUUCAUACCUGUAGUAAAAUUAAUUAAUUAUUAUUUGAAUAUCAAGUAUGUUUCGAAACUUUAAGCUCUUAAUUUGUUUGAUGUAGUGUAUCGAUACAUCUAUACGUAGAACCGAAAAAUAAAUUAAAUUGUAUUCCACAUAAAAGGUACUUACUUAAUAUGUACUUAUGCUAUUAUUAAGAAUAUGUAAAUAAGCUUGACCUAAUAUAUUGUGUCGCAUCUGUAAAAAUAUUUAUACAAACAUAUCUACAUAAUUGAAUAAAUUAAAAAGCAGAUUUAUUUAAAGUAUAAACUGUCCCGAAUUGUAAAAAGUAUUUAUUUAUUUAUUUUAAUAGCUGUGAUAUGUCUAAAAGGGUAGGUAUAUUAUCUUACAUAGAACAAAAAACAACUGCUGAAAUUCAUGGGAAUCAAACUGGGGAUGUAUUUCCAUAGUAAAUUUUUU